UUUCUCUCUCACACACUCACACACUGCAAUUGCUCCCAACUCACACCUCUUUCUCUUUCUCUGUCUCUCUCUCACACUUUUUUUUUUCUCUUUUUGUUUUUGUGGAGGGGAAAUAUCAGAAGGGCCUAUUCUGUCUUUCUUUUUCUUUCUAUUCUCUCAUUCUCUCAUUCUCCCAUUCUCCACCUUCCCUUCCCCCCGUUUUCUCUCUCUCUCUCUCUCCCCCUCCUCUCUGCAUUUCCAUUUUCUUAUUCUUUUUCUAUCCCAUUUUCUAAAUAUCAUAAAUAAAUAAGCUAGUCUAGUCAAAUUGAGGUGGGGGGGAGAGAGCGGGAAGGCGGGGGUGGGGGGUUGGUAGGACUGGGACCCGAAUCAAAAUGGAAAUUCCGGCAGCAGCAAUUCUUCUUUUAGGAGGAAUUGUUGAUGCCAGCGUUAGCCGUUGGUGAUGGAAAUCAUCGUCACAGCGAUUCUUCUAAAAUUAUUAGUAUUAUUAUUAUUAUUAUUAUUAAUAAAAUUAAAAUCAGCAGCAGAAGCAGAAUCAGCAUGGAUUUCGAUUCCGGAAUUCCCAUUUCCCGAGCAUCUGUCGUCGCCGAAGGUUCUUCCUCCCUCGACCAAGAUGCUCUAUGGCAAAUUAACUUGAGGUCAAGGGAACCAAUGGAAGCUGGGACUUAUCCUGUACGUGAAGGUGAACCAGAUUGUUCUUACUACAUCAGAACAGGUCUAUGCAGAUAUGGUGCAACAUGCCGAUUUAAUCAUCCUCCUAAUAGAAAAUUGGCUAUUGCCACAGCAAGGAUGAGAGGAGAAUAUCCAGAAAGAAUGGGACAACCAGAAUGUCAGUAUUACUUGAAGACAGGAACUUGCAAGUUUGGCGCCACGUGCAAGUUUCAUCAUCCUAGAGAAAAAGCUGGGAUUGCUGGAAGAGUUACCUUAAACGCCUUGGGCUACCCACUUCGCCCGAAUGAGAUUGAAUGCGCUUAUUAUUUGAGAACUGGACAUUGCAAGUUUGGAAGCACCUGUAAGUUUCACCAUCCUCAGCCAGCUAAUAUGAUGGUCUCUGUUCGUGGUUCUCCUGUUUAUCCUUCUGUUCAUUCGCCGACAAAUCCUGGACAACUGUCAUAUCCCUUGUCAAGAGCUUCUUUUAUUCCCAAUCCACGCUGGCAGGGUCCUUCAAGUUAUGCUCCGGUUCUUGUUCCUCAGAGCAUGGUUUCAGUCUCUGGAUGGAAUGCAUACAGUGGUCAGCUGGGUUCAGGUUCCUCGGCAGAGAGCCAGCAGCAAACAGCAGGAAAUGACCAAACUCAUGGAAUGGUAGGCCAAUCUGAAGCAGCAAAUGUGGGAUCACAAGGGAUACAUUCUUCUUAUAGCUCUUCUUCUUUACCUAUUGGGUAUUAUGCAUUACAGUUACAGAGGGAGACGGUGUUUCCUGAGAGGCCUGGACAGCCUGAGUGCCAAUUUUACAUGAAGACUGGAGACUGUAAAUUUGGUGCUGUGUGCAAGUUCCAUCACCCAAGAGAGAGGAUUCUUCCAGCUCCAGACUGUGGCUUGAGUCCAAUUGGACUUCCAUUGCGUCCUGGAGAACCUUUGUGCAUUUUCUACUCUCGAUAUGGAAUCUGCAAAUUUGGCCCGAGUUGCAAGUUUGACCAUCCGAUGGGUGUCUUUACAUAUAAUGUUUCAUCAUCUUCAACUGAGCCUCCUACUGUGCGGCGGUUAUUGGGUUCAUCAUCUGGAACUGGUCCCUUAACAUUGGCAUCAGAAGGUCUUGUUGAAGCAAGCUCCACUAAGAGCAGGCUAUUGCCAUUGUCAGAGGCAAGAAAACCCUCUGGUGAUACUAGCAUUGAUCCAGAGGAAUGACUAGUUCCUCCAAAUAUGAUCCAGUUAAAAGCAUUUUCCAUCUUUUAGAGGACAAGAGUGCUUCUCUGUAAAUUUUCUCCAUUGCUGGAGAUGUACAGAAAUCAGUUGAAGUCAAACUGUUCUUCUGAAAUGAACUAGGUUGACUUAUUUAAACUUCGUUUUGCUGCAUUGUAUAAAUCUGCAGAUAUGUAUCACUUUUGGUGAAACCAAUUGUGACAGUUAAGAUAAAGUCCACCAAUCCUCUUUCUGGUUUUUGUGAAUCUUGUUAACCCCAGCCUCUUUUUAAACUUUUCUUUGUUUCUUUGUUGCAAUGGCUUCAUGUGGCUCCUGUAGUGGUCCCAGUUUUAGUUGCAGGAUCAUCUCUGUUCCAUACAACCUAUUUCGGAUGGUUGUGCUUGGUUUGCCACCUUUGUUUCAUCUAUUGUUCCUUUUUGUCAUGAUCAUAAUCAUCACUAUGACUAUCUCUGAAUUUACAUUACUGUAAGUGUUGUAUUCACCUCUUCCCGCACUACGGUAUUAUUGUCAUGCUUCCUCUAAUUUUCAUGAUAUGAUCGUUGGCAGACAUCUUCAUCUGUGUCGUAAUAUAGCGGUGCUUAUUUUCAUGACUUGAAUGGUGCUAUUUUAGAUGUUCAGAUUAAACAGACUUCUGUUCUCUAUGGAUGUUUGGUGCUGCAUUGCUUUGGCAUAUAAAUGCAUCAUGGGAGGAAUGCGUCUGCCGCUUUCUCUUGAUCAACAAGUCUAUGAACUAGUGAAAUCAAAGGACCUUAUUCUUUCUUCAGUGAAUUUUGCCUGUGAGAUGGACUUGCAUGAUACGUAUGUGUCACUUUAGUUGCUAUCGGCUUGCCAUCUUCAAUUAGGAUGUUAUGGAUAUAUGAAAUUAGGUUGUGCAGAAUAGUGUUUUUACAGAGAUAUAUAUGUGCAGUUCAUUAUUUUCUCCAAAAUUGCUUUCCUUUUUUCCUUUUUUUUUUUUUUUUUAAGUACACUUGAUUAUUUUGUACUUUAGAAGAUAUGCAUGCUGAAAAUUGUUAUGUAAAAUGAUUACCUUUUUAAGCCUUUGGCAAGGAAUACUAAAAUUUGUCUAGUGCUUCUUAUCAUUUGAAAAUUUUUCAUAACUUCUGUUAGAUAAUCUCAAAUGCUUCUGUUGCUAUUCAUAUAUGACCUCAAAAAUAUGGGCAACAAUUUGGUAAUCACUUGCCUGAAACAAGUUCUAUCUUAUAAUUCUGAGUGAUCAAACCUGAUGCAAUUGAAUGUAAGUAUUUUUUGCCAACCUCUUCUACCAUUUUCUUGAGUACCCUUAAAAAGAUAUGAAAAUUCACAUUGAUACUCUUUCCAUUUCAGAGGAUGGCUCGAUCUACAUUUUGUCUCUUGUUCAACCCAAUCUAUGGGCUGGUAAAGAGAGUGGAUUAGUUCAAUGGAUAAGAGAUCUUCAUGGUGGUCAUUCAAUUCAGGACACAAGACAACUGCUCAAUAUACUGGAUCCUCCCUGUUUCCAGGUCUUCAGUCUUGUUCUGGAUGUAUUGAUCCGCACCAAACACUUAGGCUUCUUAAUCUUCUUUUUUUGAGAAGCUGGAACUGCUGGAGCUGUAUUGAAUGCCAUUCCUUAUUGGUUCCUGUUCUAUUGGGUUUGAUUUUCUGUAUGAUCUAGUUGAUUGAAGUUGAAUGUUUUUGUUUUACUUUUCGAAGUUUAAAGACAAUUAUAUUCUGGUUAUACCUUUGGUUGAUGACAAAACCUGAAUGAUGGAUGCAUUCA